CAAGCUACUGGACGCAAGUUUUGAGACAAAUCCAAGAACGUGUUCCAGCAUGCUCUGAUUUCUCCUUGAAGUCCUGUGAAGAAUGUCUAAAAAAUGUUUCAUGUCUUUGGUGUAAUACAAACAACACUUGUAUGGACUACCCUGUGAGAAGUAUUCUUCCAUCAUCUUCACUAUGUUCACUUUACAAUGCUCGAUGGGGUGUUUGCUGGAUGAAUUUUGAGGUCUUCAUCAUUUCAAUAGCUGUAAUAGCAGGACUCAUCCUGCUGUCCAUUGCUGUCUGUUGCUGUUACUGCUGCUACUGCAGAAAGCAUUCAAGGGGUAGACCAGAUGAAGAGGAAGAAAGACUUUCCAGAGAUCGAGAGGAGAAACGAAUGCAGUCUCUUCAGCGGAAACAUGAAAGAAAAAUGAAACAUGAUGAGAUACGCAAGAAAUAUGGUCUCCUUCAGGAUUCUGAUCAUCCUUAUAGUAGAUUUGAGAAUGAAUGAAAACAGACAGUGCUGAGCCUCAUCAUCAAACGCUAAGAUUUCAGGAUAAAUGAGCACUUUUAUUUUGCUUUUCAGUGGUCUUCAGGCUUUUUUUUUUUAAGUUUUCAGACAGUAAAAUUAAGUGCACAGUUAUUUACUAAAAUAUGUAUUUUUAAAAUCUGGCAUAUUUACCUUUUAGAACUAACUUUUUUGUGAAUACUUUGGUUUUUGAAAUGUUUGCCAAUUGGGCUCUCAUUAACUGUGAAAUAUCACCAUUCCUCUUUUAUUAAGGUUUUUUUUUUGGAAUCUGAUUUAAAUUGUUAGCUUCCUAAUCAUGUAUUUGAACCUAUUAUCUUAGCUCACCUAUCUCUCUCAAAAAAUAAAAUUUAAUUCCUCUGUUCGCAUGUUCCUGAAUAAAGAUUUUCUUUCUAAAUCUGUUGUAUGCAAAUGGGGGCAAGAGUAAAGGAUGUGUCUGAUACUAAUGUGGUCUUGGUGUUACAAUGAAUAAUAAUUAGUGUACAAAUUCUUUAAUAUCAAAAUAAUAUGUAAAGUUUUUAAAUAUGCAAAAUAGGAUUUUUGAGUAGCAUAGUCUGAUGUAGAAAUGUUAGUUUAUUACCAGGAUAUGUCCUUGAUUUGAAAUGCAUGCAAAAUCUGAAUAUGUAUAGAAAGUUUGAGAGGUAAUAUUAGGCUGUUUAAAAUACUUUUUUCCCUGAACAGUUUCUAAAUUAAAAAUACUGUAUAAUGCCAAAAUAGCAUCCAUUUAACAGGCAUAAUUUCAUACUUUUCACUAUUGAGCAUUUUUGUGGGAAAUUUUCAUAAUGCAUUGAGCUCUGUCAUUUUCCUGGGUUGGUGUGGAUUUUCAUUUUGUUUCUCUUCAUACAUAAAUGCUUUCAGUGAGCAUCUUAAAUAAUUUGCUGACAUGAUGCAGCAUGCAAAGGUUCAUUAUUUUUUCCUCUUUCAUAUUUAAUGUGAAUUUCCAAUUCUACAUAGUUGGAAUUUACUGUAUCUACCUUCUGCAGAAUACAUUUACAGCACUGAAGGCCUUUAUAUGUUUUAAUCAACCCUGCUAGAGGAGAACUCUAAACAUCUUGAAUUCAGCUAUCCGUUGUUUUUGUUCCUAGAGAGGUCUUCUGAGAUUUAAAAAAAACAUCUUAAGGAAAUGAUCAAAUUCAAGGUUUGGUUAGGAAAAAGGAAUUCAAUUUUGCUUUUUCUGGUCCUCUGAUUUAAAAGAAAAUCUAACACGAUGUGCAUACAGUAUAAAGUGGAUAUAGCUUUAGUAUGGUCAGGUGAAUUGUUAUUCUGUGCUGUAUCAAAUUGCUUGCAUACACUCUCGCUAGUAAUUAGAUUGUCACUCCUCUCACACUAGCUUCUGUUUUCAUUCCUUGGUUUUCCUUUUGAGAAUAUUUUUCCUCAUAUUAGAUAUUUUAUAAAAAUGAGCAACUACCAGUUUUUUAAACCCUGGUAUAAUUGAAGACAUUAUGUAAUUCUGGAAUGGUAUGUCUUUUAUUUACUUGGAACUCAUGAAACUAGGCACAAUGGAGUGAGCACUGCUUUUUCAGCUGUCUACUGUUCUCAAGUCCAACAUACUAUUCAUAUGUCUGAAGAAUAAUCUCAUGUGCUAAGAGUGAGUUGAUAGUGUGGAAAUAAAGCAUGGUGAUGGUUUUCCCAAGAGAUGCCUUCUGUAAAGAUGAUGGAGGUCUGCCUGCCAACUCUCAGCCCAAAUAGUGACAUUUGUGACUUAAUAGAAAGCAUUUUUUACACCUGCUACGAUGUGUGAAAAGCUGUCAUGACCUCUAACAAAAGGGGGAAAGCUGUCAGUCUGACUUAAGGAAUUUGUAUUGGGUGAAGAAGCAAAAUAUUUUGAGCAUAUGGGAAUAAUAUUUUUUGCUAACAUGGUUUUAAAUAUAGAGUAGAAUAGCUCUGUUAUCUUUCCAUUUAAACACUGGUUUUGUAGGUCUUUUGCCAGUAUUACAGGCAUUAAGAAAAUACUGGAAUCUGUAUAAUCAAUUUCUUAGCAUAUAUUGUAUAUGCACCUUUUUCAGUGUGAAACAGUAAAUGAGGCAUAAAAAUAUGUAAAGUGUUAACAUUUGAGACUGAAGAUUUAGCAAGAUAUAAUCCUGCUUCCAUUGAAAUCAAAGGUAAACUUCUGCUGUCUUCAGUAAGAACAGUAUUAGACUGUGGUAUCUCAAAAACCUAAUACAAAAAGAGCUUCUCAAAAUACUUCCCUAUUACUGUUUUGGGAAAGACUCUGUUAUACAAAACAACUCAGUAUUUUAGCAGUGUGUGCGCUAUUUUUUAUUUCGGUGUUCUAUAUUAAAUGAAAAAUGCUGGUUUUAUCUUUAGACUGAAGGUUGACAGUCCUUGAAUUUUAAUUUCACUCCAAGUAAUUGAGUGAAAUAGCAUUAGACAGAUGUAAUGUAACAUCUUUCUUUGUCAGUGCUCAGGUGUGCGCUAGUCUGCUUUGUUCAUUUUCAAUAAUGAGAUUCCCUUCCCCCACAUUCUGUGGACAAAGCAAACACAAUGAAGGUAGCGUAAAUAAACAAAUUGAAAGGGAACAGAGUAACCACGCCUAUGUCUGAUAAACUGAGUUUACAUUGUUGAUGAUUUUUACUACAGAUUUGCACAAUCUCUCUUUUCCCUUACUUCAACAGAUACUGUCAAAAUUAGGACGAAAGCUAGGGAGGUACUAUUUAGUUUUAUAAAAAACUAAAAAAAAACUCAUUUCUUUUAAAAAUGCCUUGCAGCAUUAAACUUCUAAAAUAACCAGAAUUAGAAAUAAUGGAGACUGAGCUAAUUUAAUUUCCUAAGAAAAAUUAAUGAACAGCCUAAAUAUAGAAAAGUAAAAUAAACAGUUUUUAAUUAUAUUUUAACACAGUUCUUAUUAAUUUAUUGAAUCAUACUACCAGAUUCUUUUAAAAUUUACCCUCACAAUAAGGUGAGGAAGGGGUACAGUUAUUUACAUACUAUGUGCUGCUCUUUAAAAGUCAAAGACUGGGGGGUGACUGACCUCUAAAAGUUUAAAUGAUCAAACUGCAGUGCACAUGUGUGUCUUCGCAUAUCUGAAUGUUAUGUGGUUGCAUCUCCAUGCUUGUUUUAAGCCUGCACAGUAGCUCUCUUGCAGCAGUGAUAUCUGCACUCCGUUUUCAUCCAUUACUCUUUCAGCAGCUCUCCCACAAACUUUCAGUCCCUCCAGCAAACUGUCUGAAUCCUUGACUUCUUACUCCAGCUUAACACUGAGGCUUUCCUCUUCACAGAGCAACUGCUCUACGGAGUCAAAUGGGGUAGCAUAUAUUGCAUGUGUGUAUGUUCCCAUUAUAACAAAAUGCACUUAAGCGUUAAGCCGCCAUCACCUUGCAUUUUAGACACAGAUCAAUAGCACCAAAUUAACCUUCCUAGAUGAGGGAGUAGUGGGUGAGAGAGUGACUAUAGCCUUCCUUUUCAGCGACUAUUCUGAAUGAUUGGGUUUAUUUCACCUCACUUCUUGUUAUACAGCCGCUGUUGUAACUAUCUGGCACUUGGUCAUAAACCAAAGUGUUGUGUUGAAUUACAAUGUUCAGCAGAAUUGUCUGUCUUCCAUCUGGUCUUGUAGAUAAUUAUACUAAAUAGUGGUAGACUAAGAAAUAAAAAAUUAUAAUGGUAAUAUAUAUUUCUAGCAAAACAGGCAAAGCUUUGAGGGAAAAUACUAUCAAAUAAUAAAUGCGAUUCAUUGCUUUUAACUUU